CACAAAACUUUCCUCUCUCUUAGGGAUUGAGAUUGCAGGCAGAGUCGUAGCAGCCACACAAAACCAAAAUGGAUUGAUAGUUUCUAUUUCCAUCCAAAUUUUUACUGUCUCCACCCCUUUCCCAUCGGGUUUUUGUGUUUUGUUGCUCGAAUUUGGCGAUCUCUUGGUCAGAGCUGGUUAAGUGGCUGGUAAGAUUUCUGCAAUGGAAGACAGCCAAUCAGUUGCUAUGCUCAUGGACUCUACAACCUCUAAGAUACAACAACUUCAGAAAGCGUUUGCUGAACUGGAAAGUCACCGAGCCAUAACCCUUAAUUUGAAAUGGAAGGAACUUGAAGAACAUUUCCAUGGCCUUGAGAAGUCCUUAAAGAGACGCUUUCAUGAGCUGGAAGACCAAGAAAAGGAGUUUGAAACCAAAACAAGGAAAGCUCGAGAAAUGUUGCUGAAGCGGGAAGCUGUUGUUGUGGCCAAAGAACAUGCCUCUUUGGAGAAGCUCCAAAAGAAGAGAGAUGCUGCCGUCUUUGCCAUUACUACUGCUCUAGAGAAGCAGAGGAAAGUGUCAUCUGCAGAGCCUAUUGUUAGCAAUGAUUGUGAAAUCAGGGCAGUAACUGUGGAAGACAAACUGAUGGAUUCUAUGUCUGUUGAAAGUAACUUGGAAAGUAUCAAAACCUCUUCUGAGAGUGAAAACGUGGAGCUGAAGGCUUAUCCACAGUUAUUUAAACUGUGUGAAGAGAUGGACUCAGAAGGCUUGCACAAAUUUGUAUCAGACAAUCGUAAGAACCUUGCUGCCCUGAAGGAAGAGAUCCCACUUGCAUUAAAGGCUGCAGCAGAUCCAGCCCGCUUGGUGUUGGACUCUUUGGAGGGUUUCUAUCAUGUGGAGGUGCCAAAUGUGGAUGGAAAGAAAGAUUCAAGCUUAUUGGGUCUCCGCAGAACCUGCAUUAUGUUGAUGGAAUGCCUUAGCGUUUUGCUAGCAAAUCUGGAUAUGGUUUCUCUUUCAGCUGUAAUCUCAGAAAAUGUGAAGGAGCAGGCAAAGGCAAUUGCUGAAGAGUGGAAACCUAAGUUGGAUGCUCUUGAUGUUGAGGAUAGGAAUGGAAAUUCCUUGGAGGCUCAUGCAUUCCUGCAACUUCUGGCCACUUUUGGUAUUGCUUCUGAUUUUAAUGAGGAAGAAUUAUCAAGGCUCAUACCAAUGGUCUCUCGUCGACGCCAGACAGCUGAUUUAUGUCGGUCCCUUCAGUUAUCAGAAAAGAUGCCAGGUGUUAUUGAAGUUCUGGUUAAUAGUGGAAGGCAAAUUGAUGCAGUUAACCUGGCUUUUGCAUUUGAGCUUACUGAGCAGUUCUCACCUGUGCCUUUACUAAAAUUCUACUUGAAGGAGGCUAGAAAGGCUUCUUCCCCAGGCAAGGUUGGAAAUGUCUCUCCCACUGCAGAGACUGAGGUGAGUGAACGAGAGCUAACUGCUCUUAAAGCUGUAAUCAAGUGCAUUGAAGAGCAUAACCUUGAGGAGCAGUAUCCUGUGGACCCACUCCAGAAACGUGUUGUCCAGCUAGAGAAGGCAAAGGCAGAUAAGAAAAGAGCAACUGAAGCUGCAAAGCCUCAACCAAAGAGACCCCGUGCUAAUGGUGCAGGAUAUGGGCCUCGAGUCACUAACGUUGCUGCUGACAAGACAUUCUAUCCCACUAGAGUCACAGAUAGGUAUCCACAGUACUUGUAUGACAGACCAUACGUUUACACCGGACCUGCUGACAACCAUGGUCCGUCUCUCCUGGGUUCUGCUACUUACAGCUUCUCUCCCAGUCAUGGCAACUACUUUGGAAAUGGCUACCAGUACCAGACCCCUUAUCUUCACUAAUUCGGUAAAGAUGGCAGAAAGCAAAGGUGACUAUGAUCCUCAUUUAACUGUUAGCCUUUAACCACUGAGUUCCCUGAAACCUUGCAGUGUAUGAAUGAAUUUAGUAUUUGAUAAAAAAAAAAAAAAAAAAAAAACAAAAAAAAAAAAAAAAAAAGACACCAUGUUAAUUUAGUGUACUGUUGUACAAGAAGAUAUUUUGAUCCUCUAAUAUAUGCACUUUGUUUCUGUAUGUA